AGCACGUUAAGGGCAGAAGGGCGGGCGAUGGCCUCCUUCGUUUGGUCGUUCGGUUGCCCCUCUCCCAAGAAACUGUCGCGUGUAUGAAAAUCUAUAUAAAUUCGAAGCAGAGGGGCAGCGACAGAGGGAAAAGGUGGGAAUUCUUCCUGAGAACCCAUGGCUUCCGAUGGUCAAUUGAUCCGUACUUUGGAGGAUUUGCAGAGGAAGCUCAACAGGAAACAGAGCUUCGAGGAGGCCGUCGCUUCGCUCCGGGAGAUCCUUCAGGAAUCCUACGCCUCGUCUCCUCCCUCGGUCCAAUCGAAGAUAUAUUCUGUAAUCUCUAGAGUGUCUACCGUACUAAAGACAAGGUAUACUGCAAGUGGUUACUGGCUUUCUGGGCUGAGGUUAUUUGAAGAGGCUGAGCGUCUUGUUACCAAGCCUUCAGAAAAGGAGCAUUUAACUGCAUGUGCAACUAGUGCUCGCCAAUAUUUGCUCGAGUCUGAAAAUCAAUCUGAUUCUGCAGACUCUGCUCAAAAUAAUACAAAUUCAAGAUUUCUCUUCGAGGGACAUCUGACAGUGGGAGCUGAACCUCCACCACCUGCAUGGCUUGUUGCACAAAAUGUCCUUACAGCCUUGGCAGUCACGCAAGAGUUGGGUGAUGAUGGAGCUGGAUCUUCACAGCCACUAGAACAUCUCCGGGAAUCAGCUGAUGCAGCGACAAGGGUGUACCUACAAGAGGUGGUAAACAGUAUUGAAGGAUUCAGAGGGCUAGAUGCUCUUCAUAGUGCAAUUGAGACUUCCUUGCAGGAAAUUGGUGCUGGACCAGAGAAACCUCCACCAGCUUCCAAGGCGGUUGUUGCCAAGCUUCCAAUCAUUGAAGUAACUGAUGAAAUAUUAUCAAAGCUUGGAAAAGAAACUGAAUGCGCAGUUUGUAGAGAGAACUUGGUUGCAAAUGACAUGAUGCAGGAGAUGCCUUGCAAGCAUUUGUUUCACCCAAUUUGUUUGAAACCAUGGCUGGAUGGGCACAACUCCUGCCCAAUCUGCAGAUUCGAACUGCCAACAGAUGAUUAUGCCUAUGAGAGCCGCAAAGAAGAGAAAGAAGAGGAGGAAGAACGUAAGGGUGCAGCAAAUGCGGUCCGUGGGGGAGAGUAUAUGUAUGUAUGAACAUCAAGCUCUAAAGAAAUCACAUGUUAUGUAUUAAUGUGGUUGUUCUUCAGUUUAGCAGAUCAAAAAUGGGUAUUCUCAAGGUGCCUGCUUUGCCGACAAGAUUGCGGAGUCUUGUCUGUAUGUGGCUUUUCGAAUUAGCCCAUUUUUUGCAUUGUUAGUGCAUAAUCCUUCAUUUGUUAAAAGUGUGACAGUAACUGCAGCCAAUGCUUCAUGCAAGUUAUACACGGAUUCAUCAAA